CAAACGCAGGUGAAGCCUCCUGCUAGGCUUCUAUCAGUACUGAGCGCUGCUGGCCCUGUCAACCCGAGUCCCGGGGGCAGCAAGUAGCAACCGGCCUGCACUUGCUCUGCUGCAGAUCAGAGGUCAGGUCAGGAUGUCACCCCGCAACGCCGAGCUGCCCGUCGCCGAUCCGGCCGCCGACCCGGACCGAGCGCGGCUGCAGCAGCUGGGAUACAAGCAGGAGCUCAAGCGCGGCCUCUCCCUCCUCUCCAACUUCGCCUUCUCCUUCUCCAUCAUCUCCGUGCUGGCGGGCGUGACGACGACGUACAACACGGGGCUGCGCUACGGCGGGCCGGCCUCCAUGACGCUGGGCUGGCUCGUCGUCGCGGCGUUCAACGGCUGCGUGGCCCUGUCCAUGGCGGAGAUCUGCUCGGCCUACCCGACCUCCGGCGGGCUCUACUACUGGAGCGCCAAGCUCGCCGGCGAGGACUGGGCGCCCCUCGCUUCCUGGGUAACUGGAUGGUUCAACAUCGUGGGCCAGUGGGCCUGCACCACGAGCGUGGACUUCUCGCUGGCGCAGUUCGUCCAGGUGAUCGUCUUGCUUAGCACUGGGGGAGCCAAUGGCGGCGGAUACAUGGCGUCCAAGUACGUAGUGCUGGCGAUCUACUGCGCCAUCUUGAUCCUACACGGGCUGAUCAACAGCCUCUCUAUCCAAUGGCUGGCAUGGUUUGGCCAGUUUGGAGCCUUUUGGAACCUUGCAGGUGUAUUUGCCUUGACGAUAUUGAUUCCUGCCGUUGCUAAGGAGAGGGCAACCAUGGAGUUCGUUUUUACCCACUGCUACACCGACAAUGGUGUGGGGAUCCACAGCAAGGUUUAUGCACUAGCCAUUGGUUUGCUGACAAGCCAAUACUCCCUCCUCGGAUACGACACGUCAGCCCACAUGUCAGAGGAGACGAAGAACGCUGCCUGGAGUGGGCCAAUGGGGAUCGUCGUCUCCGUUGCUCUGUCGAGCGUCUUCGGAUGGGUCUACCUGGUGUCCCUGACAUCCAUCGUCACCAACAUCCCCAUCCUCCUCGACCCCAGCAACGACGCCGGCGGGAACGCCAUCGCGCAGGCCCUGCACGCCGCCUUCCGCACGAGGUUCGGCAGCGGCGCCGGGGGGAUCGUGUGCUUGGCGGCCAUGGCCGUCGCCAUAUUCCUCUGCGGCACGGCGUCCGUGACCAGCAACUCGAGGAUGGGGUACGCCUUCUCCAGGGACGGGGCGAUGCCGUUCUCGCGCUUCUGGUACCGGGUGAACAAGCAGGAGGUGCCCUUCAACGUCGUCUGGCUCUCCGUCUCGGUGGCGUUCGUCAUGGCGCUCACGUCGCUGGGGAGCCAGGUGGCGUUCCAGGCGAUGGUGUCCAUCACGACGCUGGGCAUGUACAUCGCCUACGGGCUGCCCAUCUUCUUCCGCGUGACCACCGCCCGGAGAUCCUUCGUUCCGGGGCCGUUCCACCUCGGGAAAUAUGGUGUCCUCAUCGGCUGGGCGGCAGUCGCCUGGGUGGCCCUCGUGACCGUGCUCUUCUGCCUGCCGGUGGCGUACCCUGUCGCGGUGGACAACUUCAACUACACGCCGGCGGCCGUCGGGGGCGUGCUGCUGCUCAGCCUCGGCGCGUGGGCGCUGCACGCCCGGUUCUGGUUCCGAGGUCCCGUCACCAACGUCGACGCGUGAUCGAUGAAGAUGGCCACCCACGAUGGUACGCUCUGUUUGUUUCCCUGGAAAAUUCCCUGGAAGACCCUCAAGCAAAUGACGCUUCCUUCCAUGGUCCUGCAAAACUGAGACGCCCUUCUGUGGCCUUCUUUUUAU